CUCUAACAGAUUCCCAGCCACAUUUUCACCAGUGACCAAGAUUGGCUACUAAAAUUACCUUCAUUUCAUUUCAGCUGUUCUCACCGGCACAUCGUGGUAUUGCCAUGGCUGGGUAUGCCCUGGCAGUUGUCGGCGGCCCAACUCUCGGCCCCAUCGUCUCUGCGGCUGUCGUACAAGUGCCCUAUCUCGGCUGGCGAUGGACCGAGUACCUCACAGGAAUUCUGCAGGCCUUUGUGCUCCUCAACGCCAUCAUCUUCAUCGACGAGACGUAUCCUCCCGUCCUGCUUGUGGCCAAAGCACGGAGGCUGCGUCACGACAGCGGAAACUAUGCGCUCCACGCCAAGUUCGAAGAGUGGGAGCCGACCAUCUCUGAGCUCUGCCGAAAGUUCCUCGUCAGGCCGCUCCAGCUGCUCUGUACCCCCAUCUGCUUCCUCAUGGCCCUCUACGCCUCCUUCUGCUACGGAAUUCUGUACAUGCAGCUGGGCGCGGUGCCCAUCAUCUUUGGGGAAAUUCGGGGGUGGAACCUACUCCAGAGCGAGCUGCCUUUUCUCGCCAUCUGCCUGGGCAGCAUCACGGGCGCCGUGCUGAACACUCUGAACCAGCUCGCCUACAACAAGGCGUAUCAUGCCGCGGGUGAUCGCGCAGUUCCGGAGAAGAGGCUGCCUCCGAUGAUGCUGGGCUCUGUACUUUUCGCCGCGGGCCAGUUCAUCACGGCGUGGACUGCCGAGCCUGAGAAUGCGCCGUGGAUUGCACCGGUUCUUGGGCUGUACCUCAUGGGAUGCGGAUUCAACACUAUCUUCCAGGCUGCACUGAACUACCUCGUCGACACGUUCAGGAUGUACGCAGCCAGUGCAGUAGCCGCGAAUACCUUUCUACGCAGUGUUUUUGCGGCUGGUUUCCCAUUGGCCAUUAGUCCUUUGUAUGCGAACCUUGGUGUCGGCCCGGGCCAGUCUAUCUUUGCUGGAUUCGCCACCCUGAUGAUCCCGGUUCCUUUUAUUUUUCAUCUGUAUGGCAAGAAGAUCAGGGCGUCAAGCAAGUGGAGCAAGGGCAGCGUGUAUUGAAAGCAUUCGCGAUGACCAAAAAAGUGGUGUGGUGCAUUGUUCGGUGUUGGCGGCGUCAUCUAUAUAGAUUUUGUAUUUACGGCAUGAUUAAUACCUGAGAGGCGGGUGGGUCCCUCAGUCGAUAGCAUGGUCACAUGGUACUGCAGGUGAAAAGUGUGAGUGAGGUCAUCUCUCAUCAUUUGCUAUUUAAUUGUGUGAAAACUGCCUGUUCAUAUGUGGACCUUGACCUUUCAUUCAAGAUAAGAGUUCUGUAUACAACAAGGUCCCAGCCAGCGAAAGCCCCCUUUUUGUUGUUGGCUUAAAUGAUAUAUCUGAAUCCUCUCUG